AUGUUGAUACCCAAAGUAAUCUCCACAACCACCUCGUUGCAUUUGUUGCAGUUGUUAUGGCUAGCACCAUCAUUAUCUAUGGCAUUUAUCCCGACGGGGGAUUGCAGCGACACGACGGGUACAAAUGGCGGCCGUGUUGGGUAUCACAGUCCAAGCCCCACCGACGUGUAUCUUCCGGACUGUCAGAAUCCUCUGCAACGAGAAUUGUGGCGUGUCUUUUUGCAAGAAGAUGGAACUGCCUAUAUGAUACCCCGUCCCGAUGGAUUGGGUAUUACCUAUGGCCUUUGCAAUAAUGAUGCCUUUGACCAAGAACUAAUGGCCAAGGCACAGCAGUACGGAUUGUGCGACGAAACCGUGACCGAUCCAACUGUCAUUAAUAGUAUGACUCCAGAAGAUGCACUCCGAUUCGCCAAUGCAUUUCAUCGACAAUUGCGAUUUUCCAUUUCGGACGACAAUCAGAUAUAUCCGUGGGCGCCAGAUGAAGAUAUUCUCUUGGCGUGCGAAAACAUUACAUCCCAAGCGGCGCUGAGCCAUUGCGAGGCUCUGGCCAAUCGAUGCAAUGAUGAUACCGGAGAAUGCAUCGACAUUGGAGUCAUUCCUUCUGUCGAGGCCGUCCAAGAACUGGUUCCGGCUCUUAAUGAUCUCUAUGGAGUAUUGCAAGAAGGGGAAGCGUGCAUCCCCAGUACCGUGUUUGGUCCUACCUUUGGAUGUCCCGUGGCAGACUGUUUUGCCGAACAAUCCGCUGGCUGUGAAUAUGAUACCGCUGGUGCGCCCUUUUCCGUCAAUGAUUUAGGGGAUUGUUGCCAACGACAGUGCUAUGCGGUGGACAGUAACGGCAACGAAUGCACCGGUAACAACAAUCCACAGCAAGAGGGAAAAAUUGGAGAAUCGUGUGAUCCGGCAUCGUGGGGCACGGAUCCCAACUUUUGUCCCGUGGCCAAAUGUGCAGCACCUCCAGAAGGCUGCAACUAUGUGUUUGACCAUUAUGUGGUCGACGGGGAUGGCAAUUGCUGUGCCAGUUUGUGUUAUGCUGUGGAUGCUGAUGACAACGAAUGCACCAUAUCAUUGGAAGGAGACGAAGAAGAGGAUACUAGCAGCAAUGGCCGCGUUGGUUCUACCUGCAAUGCCACCGAGACUGGCACGGACCCAAAUCAAUGUCCCGUGGCUGGUUGCACGGAAGCUCUCGAAGGAUGUGACUAUGUCAUGGACCACUUUGUCAUCAACAUGGAUGGACACUGUUGUCCCAGUUUGUGCUAUGCAGUGGAUGCCAAUGGCAACGAAUGCACUAUAUCAUUGGAAGGAGAAGAAGAUACUAGCAAUGGCCUCAUUGGUUCCACCUGUAAUGCCACUGACACAGACCCAGUCCCAUGUGCCGUGGCUCUUUGCGCGGAAGCUCCUGAGGGAUGUGACUAUGUCAACAACCACUUUGUCUUCAACAUGGAUGGACAAUGUUGUCCCAGUUUGUGCUAUGCUGUCGAUGCCAAUGGCAACGAAUGUACCCAUAGCAGCGGAGCGCGGAUCGUCCAUUCCUGGGUAGCAGCAUUCUGGGUUGGUUUGUCUUUUGCUUUUCAUUGCCUGGAAUUGAGUUGA